CUCAUCAUUGCUGGCAUCAUUUCUCAGAUCUUCACAUUUUCCAACCCUGUAAACUUCGAAAAACAUCCCUCUCAUGAACUCCAUAAUGACCCCAUAUUCAUGACACAGAUCUACCAGCACAUCCUAGCCCUCGUAUUUGCUGUGAAGGAGAUCAAUGAUAAUCUACAGGGCUUAUCUAACCUCACCCUGGGCUUCCACAUCCUUAACAGCCAAUUCAUGCCAAGUGGGACCUAUCUUGCCUCAAUGGAACUGCUGUCCACACGGGGCAGGUUCAUCCCGAACUACAAGUGUGAUUUCAAGGAUAAUACUGUAGCGGUCAUUGGAGGUCCUGACUCAGAUUUGUGUCUGUUCAUAACAAACAGUCUGAACAUCUACAAGAUUCCACAGCUCCGAUACGGCUCUGCUCCAGUGAUGAAUGAUCCAACCCAAGGAGAUUUCUCCCAGCAGAUGUUCCCUAAUUGGUACCACCAGUGUACGGGGAUUCUCGAGUUGCUUUUGUUUUUCAAAUGGACCUGGAUUGGGGUGGUUUGUUUACAUGCUAAUAGUGGGGAAAGGAUUAUCCAGACCAUUCUUCCCAAGUUUUCCCAGAGUGGCAUUUGUUUUGCAUUUAUAGAAUUUUUUCAAAAAAAGUCAAAUUCUGCUACUGACAUUAUGGAAAUAGUUGAGGAUGCUCUGGAAACAUACCUGAUUAUUCUGAGUAGCACUGCCAGUGUUGUGGUCUUGCAUGGUGAAAUUCAAGCGAUGAUAUUUUUGAGAAUGUUUCCCGAGGUUUCAGAUACUGAGGACACACCAAUGAAGACAAAAGGGAAAGUCUGGAUUAUGAUGGGCCGGAUGGAAUUCACAUCGCUUCCCUUUCAAAGAGGUUUGGACGUAGAUAUCAUCCAUGGUGCUAUAUCUUUUGCAGUUCAGUCAAAGGAGAUUUUAGGAUUCCAGAAAUUUCUUCAGAAGAGAAAUCCCACCUUGGAAAAAGAAGAUGGCUUCAUCAGAGUCUUCUGGGAAAAGGCAUUUAACUGUUACUUCCCCAACUUGGAGGGAGAUGAGCGGGAUGGGGAAAUCUGCACGGGGCAUGAGAAGCUGGAGACACUUCCUGGGUCUGUCUUUGAUAUGAGCAUGACUGGCCACAGCUACAGCAUCUACAAUGCUGCCUGUGCUGUAGUGCAUGCUUUGCAAUCCAUGCAGUCAUCCAAAUUCAAAAACAGAGCAAUGGCGGAGAGAGGGAGAUGGACGCUUCUGAAACAACAGCCAUGGCAGGCCCAGCCUCUUUCUCUGUGCAAUGACUUUUGCCAAUUGGGUUAUGUCAAGGCAAAGAAGGAAGGGGAGCCUUUUUGCUGCUAUGAUUGCCUCCCAUGUCCAAAAGGGAAGAUUUCAAAUGAAACAGACAUGGAGUAUUGUUUCAUAUGUCCAAAUGAUCAUUAUGCAAAUAAAGGCCAGGAUUUCUGCAUCCCAAAACAGAUCAGUUUCUUGUCUUACAAAGAACCUUUGGGGAUCGCUUUGUCCAGUUCUGCUCUUUCGUUUUCUUUCAUCACAGCUUUGGUGUUUUGGAUCUUCAUUAAGCACAAGGACACUCCCAUCGUCAAAGCCAACAACCGGAACCUCACCUACAUUCUCCUUGUCUCCCUCCUUGUCUGUUUCCUGUCUGCUUUGCUGUUCAUCGGCCAGCCAAUAAAGGUGACCUGUCUCCUUCGCCAAACUGCCUUCGGCAUCAUUUUCUCAGUGGCAGUUGCUUGUAUUUUGGCCAAAACUGUCAUUGUGGUUGUAGCUUUCAUGGCCACCAGGCCAGGGUCGAGCAUGAGGAAAUGGGUGGGGAACAGAGUGGCUAUUUCUGUCAUUCUUUCUGCCUCUUUGAUUCAAACCACUCUUUGUAUUGUGUGGCUGACAACCUCUCCCCCAUUCCCAGAUUUAGACAUGCACACAAUAUCUGACAAGAUUGUUUUGGAAUGUAAUGAAGGAUCAGUCAUCAUGUUUUACUCUGUCCUGGGCUAUAUGGGCUUCCUGGCCCUUGUCAGCUUCAUGUUGGCUUUCCUAGCUAGGAAGUUACCUGAUAGUUUCAAUGAAGCCAAGUUCAUCACCUUCAGCAUGUUGGUCUUUUGCAGUGUUUGGCUGUCCUUUGUCCCAACCUGCUUGAGCACCAAAGGGAAAUACAUGGUUGCUGUGGAGAUCUUCUCCAUCUUGGCCUCCGGUGCUGGGUUACUGGGAUGUAUCUUUUCCCCCAAAUGCUAUAUAAUUCUUUUAAAGCCUGCGCUUAACAAUAGGGAGCAGCUGGUGAUACGAAAGAUUUAA